AAGAGCGAGUGUGUGUCUAGCCCAGACAGACAAAGUUGUUGUCUUUCUCUAAAAGAUCAAUUCUUUAAUCUGGGGGUUUCUGGGACUCUGCUUUCUUUUGCUCAAACUGUUGGGAAGUGAUAUUUGUAGGAGUCAUUUGAGUGAGAGUUGAGAAUAGAAGAAAAUGACUGUGAAGAGCAGAGUAGAAUUUACUUCAAGGAGUGUCAUUUCAAGGAACUGGGCGCUUCUGUUUUGCCUUGCCAGCUUCUGCGCUGGAAUGGUCUUCACUAACAGGAUGUGGACAGUUCCAGAAGCUAAAGUUGAUGGAAAAUCAUCUAGUAUCAACAUACAACAAAUAAACUCGAAACCCGAAUCCUGCAAUCAGAAACAUGUUGUGCAGAGAAAAUUGAAUGAAAGUCUAGGAGAAGAAGCACAUACCCAGCAAAACAUUGAUGCACUGGAAAGCAAAAUUUCCAGUUUAGAGAUGAAAUUAGCUGCUGUCAGGACAGAGCAUGAGCUUAAGUCGAAUGCCUCUCCUGCUGAGGAAAAUUCGAAAAGAAAAUACUUAAUGGUUGUGGGUAUUAACACAGCUUUUAGUAGCCGGAAAAGGAGAGACUCAGUUCGGGCUACUUGGAUGCCUCAAGGUGAAAAAUUAAAGCAAUUGGAAAAAGAGAAGGGUAUAAUCAUUCGAUUUGUCAUAGGUCAUAGUUCAACAUCUGGUGGAAUUCUUGAUAAAGCCGUUGAAGCAGAGGAACAAGUUCACGGAGACUUCUUGAGGCUGGAUCAUGUUGAGGGCUACUUGGAAUUAUCAGCCAAGACAAAGAUUUAUUUUGCUACUGCUGUCAAGUUAUGGGAUGCAGAGUAUUACAUCAAAGUUGAUGACGAUGUUCACGUAAAUAUAGCAACGCUUGGGAGGACUUUGGCUGAACACCGUAAUAAACCCCGGGUGUAUAUAGGUUGCAUGAAGUCUGGACCAGUACUUGCUAGGACGGGAGUAAAAUACCACGAACCAGAGUACUGGAAGUUUGGUGAGGUGGGAAACAAGUAUUUUCGUCAUGCUACAGGACAAUUAUAUGCAAUAUCUAAAGACUUGGCCACUUAUAUAUCGAUAAAUCAGAAUUUGCUGCACAAAUAUGCCAACGAAGAUGUUUCACUGGGAUCUUGGUUUAUUGGUUUAGAUGUUGAACAUGUGGAUGACAGGAGUUUCUGUUGUUCUACACGAGGAGAGUGUGAAUGGAGGGCGCAGGCAGGCAACUAUUGUGUUGCUUCAUUUGACUGGAAAUGCAGUGGGAUUUGCCGGUCUGUGGAGAGGAUUAUGGACGUUCAUGAGAACUGCGGUGAGAACAAGAAUGCGCUAUGGCAUACCAGUUUCUAAGAACAAUGGACUUUGUAUGUAGUGCCAAAACAUAUGACUGUAAUUAUAGAGGACUGAGAAGAUAGAGGCCUUGUGCAGAAGGUACUUUGAGAGAACAACAAAGUCUGUAACAAUCCAUUCUUUGAAUGGUUGGAGGGCUGUAUUGAAGGUUCUCUGGCCAUGACCACUGAUAUCAUUAUAAUCGCUACUGUACUUUUUAUUUCUGCUUUUCCUACUUAAAAACAUAAUAUUACAGCAUAAAUAUGUAUUAUGCUCUUA